AUGUCCAGCAGAUUGAGGACAGCCGUAGGAAGAGGAAAAUCCAUGAGGUCAGGAUUCCUAACCCUUCUAACAAGAAAAGUUCAAGAAGAGGCUGUGGCAGGAGCUCUUUUGGAGUUCGUGAUCAGCCUAGAUUUAAGAAGGGGAAUCAUAGUGCAGGAAACUCUAACUCUUAGAGGAGUGCAGAACCUAAAAGAGGAAGACCAGAGCCAAAGAAGGGGAGUGGAGGUGGACCCAAGAAAGACUAAGGUUGUUAAGAAGUGGCCAACACCUCUUAUUACCACCGAUAUCCCUGGCAUUCUAGGAUUGGAUGGUUACAACCGUAGAUUCGUUGAGGCUUUUUUUGCCAUUGCUUCCCGAAUGAUAGCUUUGACUGAGAAUAAAGCCAUGUUUGAAUGGGCAGAGACCUGUGAGAAGAUUUUCCAGUAG